AUGAACUAUCAACGGGUUCUAUACGUAGACAAAUUUACUUCAGAAUUAAAGUCGAAAUUGCGUAUUGUGGAUUUCCAUAGGAAGCAAUCAUUGAAGUCAAAUGUGUACUUUGUUAAAUUUGCAUCCAAUGCUGAUAUGGAGUAUGCUGACCGUGCUUGCAAACGACUUCGUGAUCUUACAUUAAAACCAUUUCAACUUUCUUCUUUCAAAACUCAACAUGAACAUCAGAUUGGUACGUGCAGCCAUCAAGAAGCUCUUACACCAUCAUCAUCAUCAUCAUCUAUCCCAUCGUUAUCACCAGCAACGACGCUUACUUUUCUUUCUGAUUUUCCUCCUUCAUCUAUUACAUGUCAACCGGGUUCUUUGAGACGGUCAAAUGAAACAUUAGAAGAACGUGCAAUGCGUGUCCUUGGUCCAAUUAUAGCAAGUCGUGAAAGUGUUGUAUCGACACCUACUCUCCAAUCAAUAAAUUUAAAUAAAAAACAACUUGUUGAUCACAUUCAAUCUUGUUUGAGCGCUAUGAAAACAGCACAACGACCUGUCGAUGAACUGUAUCAACUUCACAGGCACAGACUCGACUAUUGUAUGGCAUUGAAUUAUCUGAUUAAAGUACAUUCAACAGCUUUUUACUUGAAAGCGGCAACAUCUACUCAAAUUAAAGAUGCCUUAAUAGCUGGUCUACGAAUAUCGCGGGUAGAUGUUGCUAAACUUAUUAAUGCCAUCAAAAUGAAUAUUCGUCGUGAACAAUUAUUUAUAGAAGAAAUGGCAUCCACUAAACAUAUUCUAUCAAAAAUUGACACUACAGCGUCGAUUGCAAUGUCAUCGAAAUUAGCAUAUCAACUGACAAAAAUAUCGAGUUGA